AUGUCGCAGCUCACUCCGAGGACGGACCAAACUCACAAGUGCUAUCCUCUUCAGAUCCAACCUUUACCGCACUCCCCGUGCGUCACUUCCGCGACUCCCACUCAUCCACAGCUCCCCCGCCGCGAACGCGAGCAUACGGAGGCCCUUCAUCCCACCACCCUCAAAGGCAGUACCUUGAAAACUGUUAUGCGGAAAAUCUUUGGGCGGAAGAGGCUCAGUAAUUUGGAUGGGGACGAAACCGAUGAAGGACUCUCGCCGUUAAGAUUUGAAAAAAGCGACGUAUCUGCCCAGCCUGAUCGGACGGCGGUUGUCGGACACCCGCGUACCAAUAGCUCACCAUCUGCGCCAAAUCACAAGAAUUCUUUGGUAGUCAGCCGUUUAUCCUCUGCGUCCUCGGAUAAUCUAGCCGCAACAAACUCAGACAGUAGAAUCGAGAUCCCACCCCAAACGGUUCGACGAAGAGCGACAUUGCCUAGCUUGAUUUUGUCUGACGACGGUCAUAUGAAAGAGAGAACCCUGUCACUUAUUUCUCCCGUCAGCACGCGGCCCGUUAGUGCGAUGAGUGUGAUGAGUGCAAUGAUUCCGCUAGACGAGAAGACAGACAACCAUGGGGAUGCAGAAUCAUUUCAGAGCAAAAAGGCUCAUCGCCGAUCUCGGAGCGCUGACGACUUGAAAAAGCUUGUACGACAUCACCGCAUGUCACCAAUUCAGUGGAGACGAGGCAACAAUGAAAAGAACGGUUGGCGAACAAGUGUGCUGGAACUAGAGGGCCGCAAUACCGCGGACAGAAACCUUCAGCAAAGCUCGUCUAAUAGGUCGAAUACUCCGACUUCCAGGGACAAAAUUACCCCGGAUAUUGAAACUAGUGACCCCCCGUCUCCAAAUGUACCAGAGUCUGCGCCAUUCCACUUUGAGAACCUGAUAGCCAGCAUGGCUGAUCCUGACGCUAGUAUAGAGCAGCGAAUGACGACUAUGGAAGUCAAAAUUAUGGAUCUUGAAUUUGCAAUUGCAAAGAUACAGGGAACUGACUGCGAUGCAUUUCCAAAAACCGUGAACAAUACCCCUGAGAAAGCAAAGGUGUCUGAUACUACAGCUGAACCAUCAUCGGCCGCUAGCGAGACUUCAUCGCAGAGCUCGGCGUCUUUUGGCGGAGAUGCUCGCCCCAUUAGCACGGCGACAUUACGACCAAGCAUCUCAUUCUCUCAGCCACCGCCGCCUUGGUACGGAGGUUCAUCAUCCUCUCUAAACCUCCACGGCAUUUCGAUCGAGCAGUAUAGCGCUCUUGUUACAUUGGUUCGCCGAGAGCAGACUGCGCGGAAAGCACUAGAGAAUCAGGUAGCACUAUUACAAGAAGAAAUGCAGAGCUUCCGGCGCUCUUCCGGCAUGCCUGCCUCUCCCCCAGGCACCCUCUACCCCAUCCCAAGUCCCGACUCAGACGACGCACGAUAUCGGAGGCGUCGAGAUGCUAGUUCAUCGCGCAAAGACUCGGAAACGAGUACAGAGGCUAGAGCUUAUGAAGGACGACAAUGGGAAAGCCCGCAUUAUCGUGCCAAUAUCGAGACUACUUCACGAAACACGGCCGCCAACAUGAUAUGA